UCUCAGCUGCUAAUCCUGUGUCCCUGUGUGAGAUAUUACAUUAUUUCUCAUAAAAGCUGCUGGAUUCAGAUAUUGUUAUUGUUGCAGGAAAAAUAUUGGGACACCACCUGCCCCACCAGGAUCUAGAAGUACACUAUAUUGCCAAAAGUAUUGGCCCCACCCUCCAAAUCAUGUGAUUCAGGUGUUCCAAUCCCCUCCAUGGACACAGGUGUAUACAAUCAAGCCCCUAGGCAUGCAGACGGCUUCUACAAACAUUGGUGAAAGAAUGGGUCGCUCUCAGGAGCUCAGUGACUCCAAGCGUGGUCCCGUGAUAGGUGGCCACCUGGGCAAUAAGUCCAUCCGUGACAUUUCCUGGCUACUAAAUAUUCCACGCUCAACUGUUAGUGGGAUUAUAACAAAGUGGAAGCCACUGGGAACAACAGCCACUCAGCCACCAAGUGGUAGGCCACGUCACAUGACAGGGCGGGGUCAGCGCAUGCUGAAGCGCACAGUGCGCAGAAGUCGCCAACUGUCUGCUGAGUCAAUAGCUAAAGACCUCCAAACUUGGUGUGGCCUUCAGAUGAGCCCAACAACAGUGCGUAGAGAGCUUCAUGGAAUGGGUUUCCAUGGCCGAGCAGCUGCAUCCAAG